GUGAGAGAGCAUAGAAAAUUGUGCUCUCACAUAAAAGGUGUGCAUAAAUCAAUUAUAGUGUGUCAAAAUCAUUUUUAGAAAUUAUAUACUUGUUACAUUUUUUUUUUUUUUUUUUUUUUUUUUUUUUUUUUUUUUUUUUUUUUUUUUUUUUUUUACAGAUAUAUACUUGUUACUUAGGAAAUAGAGGCUUGGAAAUACAUUGCUAUUGAGACUUGUGACUUUGUACUAACAAUGUUAAUGAAUUUUUCAGUGUUUGGCUUGGAUCAACUAUAACUAAUGCAUGACUUAUUACUUUUAGCUGCUGAAAUAGUUACUUGUAUAGUUAUAUGCUACUUGUAUGUGUUAAUGUGUAUCAAAGUCUAUGAAUUAGUGUCCACCUACAACUCCAUGGUGGCUCCACCUCUUCAAAGGACUAACGGGAUAUGAACAAAAGUAGACUCUAACAAUGUUAUUAAAUUAAAAAAAAAAAACAUUAAUUAAUGUUAUAUUUUUAUUUGUUUAUUCUAUUUGUAACUCGAUAUAUUUAGCCCGAAGGGGAUACAUAUCACGAGUUGUGAAAAUAAUAAAAGAAAUACGGAGUAAAUCUUAAUUACGUCAAUCAAUGAAUAAUUUGUUUAUAAAUUCUUAAAUUAAUACCUACUCGUAUUUAGGAUGAUAUAUUUUUUUUUUGAAUAAUAGGAUAUGAUAUUCUUUUUUUUUUAAACCUACGAUAUGACUUUUUUUUUUUUUUUUUUUUGACAUAUACAUAUGACAUUCUUAUGAAAAUCAUUAGCGUCAUAUUUCUCUUCAUUCUAUUAAAUGCAACAUACCUUCUUGACAUUAUUUAAUAUGAUCAUCAAUGUAAUAUUCAUUAUGGGUUUUUUUUUUGAGAAAGAACAUUAUGGAUUAUUAUUAGAGUGACUUGUAUAUAAAUAUAGAAACUUAAAAAAAAAAAAAAAAAGCCAUUAGUGACUCCCAUGUUCUAUGAGCAUAAGAACACCUACGGUUGCCACGUGUAUAACUGCCGUAUUACACGGGCCCGCUCAAAUUGGGUCACCAACGGGGUUUCCGUUGAAAACCAAAAUCCAAAUUAAGCUUCCAUUUUUUUUCCUCUUUCUGCUUCUCUCUCUCUCUCUCUCUUUUUUUUUUCUCCUGAAAAUUUAAUUUCAACCCAAUUUUAUUUUUUUCCCUAAUUUUCACCCAUUUUAAUUUUUAAUAAUUUUAUUGAAUUAUGGAAUUUCGAAGGUAACGCACAUUGUUGAAUUUAUAAAUAGGAUGUUGAAAUGAAGGAGCAAUCGAUGACGAGCAAAUCAGGCGAAUGUUCUUCCCAGGUACCAUCACAAGGAGAGAAUGUAACUGAUACUUCUCCUCAGGCCGGGGCAGCGGAGCUUCAGACGUCACGGUCCCGGAAUCAGGUGUUCAAGAGUGGGCCUCUCUAUAUAUCAUCCAAAGGAAUUGGAUGGACUUCUUGGAAGAAGAGAUGGUUCAUUUUGACCCGCACAUCUCUAGUCUUUUUUAGAAGUGAUCCCAGUGCAACACCCCAAAAGGGUGGUGAGGGGAAUCUAACCCUUGGUGGUAUAGAUCUGAACAACUCCGCCAGUGUGGAAAUCAAAACAGAUAAGAAGCUAUUGACCGUGUUCUUCCCUGAUGGUCGGGAUGGCCGAGCUUUUACACUUAAGGCAGAAACUUUGGAGGAUUUACAAGAGUGGAAGACAGCACUUGAGAAUGCUUUGGCACUAGCACCAAAUGCAGCCCACAGCGCAGGACAAAAUGGGAUUUUAAAAAGUGAGCAAGUUGAUGAUGUUAAUGGUGCUGCUGAUCAACAUACUGAUGGGCCACCUGGAAAAUCUAUGGUAAUUGGUAGGCCAAUUUUACUUGCUUUGGAAGAUAUAGAUGGAUCACCUUCUUUCUUGGAGAAAGCUCUGAGAUUCAUUGAAGAUCAUGGAGUCAAUGUUGAAGGAGUUUUGCGGCAAGCUGCAGAUGUAGAUGAAGUUUAUCGCCGUGUUCGAGAAUAUGAACAAGGGAAAACUGAGUUCUCCCCAAGCGAGGAUGCUCAUGUCAUUGGCGAUUGUAUUAAGUAUAUCUUAAGGGAAUUACCAUCUUCUCCAGUUCCAGCAUCUUGUUGUAAUGCACUGCUAGAAGCAUUUCGAAGUGAACGAAGUAACAGACUUAAUGCUAUGCACACGGCAAUACUUGAAACAUUUCCGGAGCCAAACAGACAAUUACUGCAGAGGAUUCUCAUGAUGAUGCAAAAAGUGGCUUCCAAUAAGGCAGUAAAUCGGAUGAGCACAUCUGCAGUGGCCGCUUGUAUGUCUCCUUUGCUUCUGCGACCCCUUCUUGCUGGUGAUUGUGAACUUGGAGAUACACAAAUGGAUGUGGCUGGAGAUGGUUCUUUCCAACUUCUUCAAGCAGCAGCAGCAGCAAACCAUGCUCAAGCUAUCAUUAUUACUCUACUGGAUGAAUAUGACAAAAUUUUUGGGGAAGGUUCGAUGUCGGACAGUGGAUUGUUCUCUGACUCAGAUGAGAGUGGAAGCGGGACAGAGGAGGCCAGUGAUGAUGAAAUGUAUGAAGAUGAUGAUGAUUAUAUUGAAGAUGAUGAUCAUGAAGAUGCAUCAGAUCACGAUGAAACAGAUGAUGAUUAUGAGCAUUCAGCAUGUGAGACGUGUAGUGGCAGUGGUGACCAUGGAGAGAGUGAUUCUUACGAUGAUAAGCAUAGUGAAAGGUCCAGUUCAUAUUCAAGGUCUCCUGAACAAGUUCAUGAUUUUCUAGCAAGCCAGAGAUCAUCAUCAGCUUCACCUCGUACUCCAGAAUCUCAGCAAGAUAAUCUCCACAUAGUUGACAAAAACACGAAAAGAAAUAAUGAUACAUCAGUGGCUAUUGCCGACUCUACUAAAAUGCAUCGAGAUAUUCCAGCAGAGACAAGUUCCUUAAAAGAGUCUGAUAGUUUAAGUCCACAAAGAGGCACCAAAAUGUCAGCAACUAAGGUCCUUGGGUCCUCACAAUUCAGACGUCAUAGGUGGGGAAGAACAUCGGCAAAAAAGAAUCUUUCCAUGGAAUCAAUAGAUUUCUCACUUGAAGAUGAAAAUGAAAUCCAACGACUUGAGGCGACAAAGCUUGAACUCGAAAAUAGAAUUGAAGAGGAGGCUAACAAUAACGCAAUUCUACAAGCAAGUUUGGAGAGACGUAAAAAAGCCCUGAAUGAACGUCGCUUAGCUCUUGAGAAAGAUGUGGCUAGGUUGCAAGAACAGCUACAAAAGGAAAGAGAAUUAAGAGCAGCGUUGGAAGCCGGAUCUGUGUUUGAUAUCUCCCAAUUGCCUGUCUCUGUCAAUGAUAAGACAAAGGUUGAGCUUCAGAAAAUUUCUAUAGCCGAGGAAAAUUUUAGUAACUUGAAGCAGAGGCUUGAUGACAUUGACGCAGAGCUUAUUCAUCAACAUGAGCAGACUGCAUCCCAUUUGCAGGAUAGUAAUAAUAAAGUACAAGACUGUUUAAAUAAAGGGAAUAUGUUGAUAUAUAACAAGGACAAUGAAAUGAAAGACGAGUUACAUCAUGUCAAAAUACCGAGUAAAAUUGAGGGACAGCAGAGCUACAUGGAUGACAUUGAUCGGAAAAAUGCAUCAGCAAAGGGACGGCAGAAUUAUAAAUUGGACGGAACUGAUCGUGAUAAUGAUAGAAAAAAUGAAUCCUCAAAAAGUAAUCAACCAAAUGAUUUAUCAAGAGAUAUUUCCAAAUUGGGAUUGCUUCCGAAUAAUGUUUCAUCAACGGAAGCCCCUAUCCCCAAAUCUUAUACCUCUAGUACAAAGAGGACGAGUUCAAAGGGCGAGGGAAGCAGCUCUACCACCUCUGCACUGUCCAAACUGACAACCCGGCUCAACUUCUUGAAGGAAAGGCGUACACAAAUCGCAACUGAGCUCCAAAGCAUUGACAAAUGCCGAGGAUCAUUAACCCAAUCCAUCCUAAGCCCUGGGAAGGGAAAAGUUCCAGAACCUAUCCACACAGUCCAUACUCCUGACAAAAAUCAAGGUCCUGAGGGUAACUUCUCGAGGAACCCUGAAGAUCGUGUGUAUCAAUCAUCACAUAGUUCAGGCAAGGGUUCUGCAACAGAAGUUGAUAACAGGGACAGCAACAAAAAGACUGAUAAUAGGGAUAUUGAUAAUAAGGGUUUAAGCUCAAAGUCAGAUGCUUCAUUGCCACAGAAUCAGCAGCAACCCGAUAAAUAUAAAUCAGAAGGAGGACAAUCCUCAUCAAAAAAAUCAGAUAAAGGUCGACGACAAGAUGGUCAGCAAUCUAGUACCUCCAGGACACUAUCCAGAUGAUUAGUAGUCCAGAAAUAUGGCGGUUUUCUAUUCUUUGACAGUCAUUCAACAGGAUUUUUCAUUUUAUGUGACUCCAUCAUGCUUAUGAUUAGAAUCAGAUUGAUAGAUUAGUGUAUACUUUAUAGUGGUGACUUCAAUACACAGUGUCCAAACCACAUUGAACCCUCUUUGUACAGAACCACAGGUGGCUGACUUUUCUUACAGUAGAAAUUGGGAAAUUCUGAUUUUAUAAAAUUAACGUUUCCAUUUUACCAA